CAUAAGAAUCGAGUAGUAUUGAUUUUUGUUGAUUUUCAAUUGUUGUGCUGUUAAAGUGUUCAAAUCCACGUUAUAUAUAUAUUAAUUAUAUUAUUAAUAAAGACACAGUUAUAAAUUCAAUAAAAUGGGUCGUUCGCGCUCAAGGAGUAAAUCGCCCAGCCGAAGGCAUCACAAGAGCAAACACUCCAGAAAAAGAAGCAAAUCUAGAGAAAAAAGUGAUAAAAACAGUUUAGUAGCUGCCUAUAUGAAAGCAGAGAAACGAGAAAGGAGUUCUAAAUCUAGGUCACAUUCUGAAUCUUCAAAUAGUGAUAGUGAUGCAUCUGUAAUCAUAAGUAGUCGAUCUCACAAGAAGAAAUCUUCUAAGUCUAGAAAACUUAAUGAAGUUGAAAGGCUAGCGGAACUAGAAAGGCAGCGGAGGCAGCGAGAAGCAGAACAUAAAAUUAUUGAAGAAGAAGCUGCAAAACGAAUAGAGCUCUUAGUCAAAAAGCGGGUAGAUGAAGAAUUGGAAAAGCGCAAGGAUGAAAUAGAAUAUGAAGUUGCAAAGCGAGUGGAAGCAGCUAAACAAGAAAUGGAAGCAGCCAUGAUGAUAGAACUUGAAAAUAGAAGAAAACGACAAAAAGAAGAAGAGCGAAAACGAGAGGAGGAGGAAAAACAAAAACGAGAGGCUCUAGAAGCAAUCAUGGCUGAAAACAAUCGCAAAAUAGAAGAAGCCCAAAAACGAUUGGCGGAAGAAAGACUCGCCAUGAUCGAAGAACAAAGAAAAAUGGAUGAAGAAAGACAAAGAAUGAAAAAAGAACAAGAAAAGCGAAUAAAAGAAGAACAGAAGAAAAUUCUUGGUAAAAAUAAUUCACGUCCUAAACUAUCAUUUACUUUAAAAACUGUAUCAUGA